CAGCUCAGCGGCAGAAGGAGACAGGAGGAGGCGGAAUGAGGCAUUCAGGGAGAGGACUUAAAACACGGAGCACCGCGGAGCCGCAGAGGCUCCGGGAAAGUACCAAAGUCUAAAUUGUUCUCCUUUAAUCGUCGUGUUCGUUGUGUGUUUGGAUGAAAGUGUAUUUCUACGCUCCCAGAAGCUCCUUUAUACGGCUGUAAACGGGAUUUUCUGGAAUAUUCACACCGGGAAUAACGUUACUUUUCCUCCAACGAAGUGCCGCCGUAAUCCAGUAAAAGUGAGCGGAGGAAAAGUUUGUGAGCAGCUCCACGAUAGAAGGCGUUCAGUGUGAACCACAUCCUCCUGACUCUGGACAUCACUGACUGGAGAGCAGUUUUUCAUCUCCGGCUCAGAGGAACGUUUAGUUUCCUGGCCGUCAGCUGAGCAUCAGAGGGAGGAAGUGGAGAGCCACACCUGAGACAGGUGUCUGGAGCUCAGCAUGAGGCUCUGAGGAGGCGGCAGGUUUCCAUCAAAGCUGGUUUGAACUUGAGGAUUAUGGGUAAGGAGCAGGACCUGCUGCAGGCGGUGAAGAGCGGAGACCUGCUGUCCACCCAGAAGCUGCUGUCCAAGCUCAAGACCAACCGCAACAAGCUGCUCGGCUCCACAAAGAGGCUCAAUGUCAACUUCCAGGACUGUGAUGGGUUCUCAGCGCUGCAUCAUGCCGCCCUCACAGGAACCAGCGAGUUGCUGUCGGCGCUGCUGGAGGCUCAGGCCACUGUGGACAUUAAGGACAGCAACGGAAUGCGUCCGCUGCAUUACGCUGCCUGGCAAGGAAAAGCUGAAUCUGUGUUGAUGCUGCUUCGGUCCGGAGCUUCGGUGAACGGAGUCUCUCUGGACGGUCACAUCCCGCUUCAUCUGGCUGCUCAGUACGGACACUUUGAAGUGUCUGAGAUGUUGCUGCAGCAUCAGUCCACCUGCCUGGUCAACAAGGCCAAGAAGACUCCUCUGGAUCUGGCCUGUGAGUUCGGACGAGUCAAGGUGGCCCAGCUGCUGCUGAGCAGUAACAUGGUGGUGGUGGCGUUGUUGGAAGGAGAGAGGAAAGAACCGACGGACUCGGCCUUCACGACACCUCUUCACCUGGCCGCUCGCAACGGACACAAAGACAUCAUACGGUUGCUGCUGAAGGCCGGCAUCGACAUUAACAAAACCACCAAAUCUGGAACAGCACUUCAUGAAGCAUCGCUGUACGGAAAAACCGAAGUGGUCCGACUGCUGCUGGACGUGAGUUCAGCGUUCAGAAUAAAAAACACCUACAACCAGACGGCACUGGACAUAGUGAACCAGUUCACCACAUCGCACGCCAGCAAGGACAUCAAGCAGCUGCUGCGAGAUGCAACGGGUGUUUUGCAGGUCAGAGCUCUGAAGGAUUACUGGAACCUCCACGACCCAACGGCGCUGAACAUCCGAGCCGGAGAUGUCAUCAUGGUGAUGGAGCAGCACGUGGACGGCCGCUGGAAAGGCCACAUCCACGACAGCCAGAGAGGGAUGGACCGAGUCGGCUUCUUCCCUCCAUCCAUCGUGGAGGUCAUCAGCCGGAGGAACGGGGGCGCCCUGUCCCGCCACGCCUCCCUGCCCACCCAGCGCCAGCAGCUGCCCUCCAGAGUCCCCCUGACCUCCAGCCUCAGCUCCGCCCCCCAGACCGACGACUCCUAUGCCCUGUACGCCCCCCCCACCCACCUGGUGCUGCCGCUGGCCAACGGCCUCACUACCUGCUCAGGUUUGUCUCCGAGCCGCCGGUCUCAGUCCGGGUGUCCCUUCGAGGACAUCUGGGUUCUCAGGGACUCGUGUCAUGCCGGAGACAGGAACAGCGUCGGCAGCACCGGCAGCGUCGGCAGCACUCGGAGCGCCGGCAGUGGCCAGAGCACCGAGAGCAACCACGCCGCCAACGGGCUCCAUCACAACACCGGUCACCAUGACAACAAGGUGGCGCCCCCUGCUGUCGAUGCAGGGCACACAGCAGACCUCAACAAACAGCCCGAUCAUCCUGCAGGUGGGACUCCGCGGAGGCCGACGGUGACAGUUCAGAGGCCUGCAGAGCAAAGCUUCUCCCAGCAGUUUGUUCGUCCUCAGCAGCUGCUGGAGGGGAAGGAUGCAGAGGCCAUCUAUCAGUGGCUCAGCGAGUUCCAGUUGGAGCAGUACAUCGGGAACUUCCUGAAUGCUGGAUAUGAUGUACCGACCAUCAGCAGAAUGACUCCUGAGGAUCUGACUGCUAUUGGUGUGACCAAACCAGGACACCGCAAGAAGAUCUCUAUUGAGAUCAGCAACCUGAACAUCCCAGAGUGGCUGCCUGAGUACAUCCCAUCUGAUCUCGGCGAGUGGCUUAGUGCUAUCGGACUCCCACAGUACCACAAGAAACUUGCAGAGAAUGGCUAUGACUCCAUCAGCAUCGUCAAAGACCUCACAUGGGAGGAUCUGCAGGAGAUUGGCAUCACCAAGCUGGGCCACCAGAAAAAGCUGAUGUUGGCAGUGAAGAAGUUGUGUGACAUCCAGAGGGCGAUUCUUCAGGCUGAAUCAGGUCAGGGCACGCUACGACGCAAAGGCCCCGGAGCCCUCCACCUGGUCGCCAUUGAGCCACCUGACUCUGGUGGUGAAUGUUCUUCACCUCACACGCCAAAGAUGCUGACUUUCCAGGACAGCGAACUGAGCGCUGAGCUGCAGACGGCCAUGUCGAGCCACUACAGCGGCUGUGAGGAAGGUCUGGCCAUCAAGAAUGCAGUGGGGAUGUCUCAGAGCCAGGAGAGCAUCGACACCCGAUCCAGAGGCUCCGGUCGCUCCCAGGAGCCUCCUACAGCCUCCAUUAACCCCCACAGCUGGUCCCAAGAGAGCCUGGAAGGCAGUCCUGCCAAAGAGAGGAACCUCCCUGAGGGCUGGGACCAGAGGCCCCUGCAGCAGCAGCCACUGCCCAAACAGGUGCCUCUUGGUACGGCCACCGUGUUCAAGUAUCCAGCCAUCCCAGCUAAGCCCAAGCUGUCUGGAUCUCGCGGCAACUCCCCUCACGGUUCCCCAGCUCUGAAGGGUUUCAGCUACCUGCAUUCUCACUGCGGCUCCACAGACCUCCGCUCAUCGCAAAGGUCAGAGAACCACACUAUGACCUUGACACCACCCAAGAAACGCACCCAGAACAUGACUCGUUACACUCUGUCAGACGGAGAGCCUGAGGAGGAUGACGAGGAGCUUGCAGUUCCUCCUGGAAAUGUGCCGUCAUAUGCCACUUUGACCCGCAAGCCCGGUCGCAGCCAGCUCGCUCGAUUGCAGUCCAGCCCAGAGAAGAACGGCAACGUGGGACGCAGUCAGUCGUUUGCAGUGCGCGCCCGGAAAAAAGGUCCCCCACCUCCUCCUCCAAAGAGACUGAGUUCAGUAAGCAGCACCACCAGUGGGGAGUUGAGCGACAGCAGCACCACAUCGUCCUCUGGCGGCGUGGUAACUGACAGUCCCGGGAGUGUGAGGAGCAUCGCAGCUUCUCUGGAAAGUGGCACUGAGGGGAACAACUCCCCAUCACAUAAACCAGACCUCGUCCAGCAGGAGCCUCAUUCCUUUGGCUCUGCAGAUCCAAGAGAGGCGGUAGGGGUGAGGAGGAGGGUGCAGAGCGAGUGUGUUCCCACCCAGACAUGCAGCAACACCGAGCUGGACCGAGGAGUGAAGUCUGACUCGGAGGAAGAUGAUUCUAAAGGUCGAGGACUGGAAGGCUCCUCGUCCCCUCAGAACAGCUCCAGUGAGUGCAUCCCCUUUGCUGAGGAAGGCAACCUGACCAUCAAACAGAGGCCCAAGGCUCCGGGUCCGCCCAGGGCUGAGGCCGUGCUGGAGCCUCCAGACAAACAAGAAGACAAGAACCUGGAUGUACCAGAGUUUAACCUGAAGGAGUCGGACACAGUGAAGCGACGACACAAACCCAAAGACAAAGAGCAGGGUGAGGGCUCCCCCUGCAGAGAGGGCACCAGGUCUGGGUCUGGCAGCAGCAGGCCUCCAUCCCAGAGCCAGGAGGAGGUCAGUCUGAGGAUCAGUGAGGCCAGUCUGGAGAGGCCAUCCAGUCCAGCUACAGGGUCACCCAUCAAACCUCCACUUUCCCCCAAACCUGCUGUUGCUCCAAAACCUGUCCGCCACAGUCUGCUGGCUGCACAGAGACCCUCCUCUCCUACUGUGACCAUCAAUGUGGUUCAAAGCGUGGCCUUUGCCUCUCCGUCCUCACCCUCCUACGGACCCCUGGCUUCAGCUUCGGCCCCUCAGAGCCCCUCUCUGGCAGCGGCGAGGCCUCAGGUGUGCGUCGUGGGUCCAGGUCAUCUGCCUGAGGAGUCGGAGGUGGUCCAGCAGAGACUGGAUCAGACCAGCACAUCCCUGGCUGCAGCUCUGAUGGCCGUCGAAAGCAAACUGAGCUUGAACGAUGGCUCUGAAGGCGGCGCGAGCACAGUGAAGUCUGCAGGGACCAUCCUGGAUGACAUCGGCAACAUGUUCGACGACCUCGCCGACCAGCUGGACGCGAUGUUGGACUGAAGACAUCCCAUAAUAUAAACAAUAUCCACCUUCAACCUCAGGAAUGGAAAGAAAAAAAGGGGAUUAACGGAGGGUUUUCCCCAUCAGUGUUUCAUCCUGCACAGUCGGUGGAGCUGCAGCCAAACACUUGCCUGAACACCAGCACUUAAUGUCCAGCGUGCUUCCUCAUCGUAAACCAGGUCCUUCGCUCACAUUUCAAACUGGCAGCUGAAUCUGGUUUCCAAGUCGGUGCAGCGCAAACCUUUAGCUGUCGAACAUGAACCAAACAAGGACACAAAUGUUGGAGCGGUCCACUGUGAGGAGAAACUCCUGAGCAGAUUAUCAUAUUACUGUCAAACACUAAUAUUGUAACAUGAAGUUUUAUGUUUUUAUAUUAUAAUAUAUAUUUAGAGCCAAAGUCCUGCCGCCACCUGCAGUCCAGCUUCUGUUCCAGCAACUUCGAAACAAUGUCAACAAUCUCACAGAGGAGUUUUUUUUCUAUCUUGGUGAGAAAGUCAAGUGUUCCUGAUAAAUAAGGGUCUACUACAGAGCUCAAUACUUGUUGGUAUCACUUGUUGUGACCUCAAUUAAGGGGGGAGUACACCUUAUUUCACAGAUUUGCAAAGCCAUUACAUUGUAUAGGCUCUUAACAAUGUUUGUUAUGACCCAGUUUAACAUGAUAUACAUCAUUUUAAAGCUUAUGAGUUGCAAAUUAUCAUUUUAACAGUUAGAAGUUACAUGCAGUGAUCCCUGGGCAAAAAAUCUUGUCAUAAACAUACCAAUACACAUUUCCCGGUGACCCAUCUUUAGAUGCUAUCUACUCAGAGUCCAUAAAUUUUGGGUUAAUGACUAUUAUACCUUUUGAUAGAGUCACCUACUGUAAAACAAAUAAUGGGUGCUUUGGGGAUAACUCUUUUUCUUAUUGCCACAGCAACCAUUUCAAUGUAAAUAACUCUUUACCCCAGAAUGAAAAUGGUCUUAAGUGGUCAGAUUAUAAAGUAUUUAAAAAAGCAUCCAUUAUUUUAAGAAGUACUGUCUUAAGAACAACCUGUGAAAAAAUCAGCAUGAUUGCUCAUAUAGUUUAAAAGUUAUUAGGUUUUAUGUAACGCCUGUCCCAAAAAAUACAGAUUUUGAGAAAAUGGCAGAUAAAGAUUGUGAACCACGCACAAGUACUUACCAAGCUGUUGUAUGUCACUAACUAAACAUUUCUUUGAUACCUAAUGAAUAGUUUAAGCACUUAACUUUUUUUUUUUUAGAUUUUUUGAAGGCAUAUAAGGCGUACUCCCCCCUUUAAGAAGAUGUUGACUAGGAUUUAAGUUGCAGCUUCUGGUUGUCGCAUUCUUUUAAAAUUGGACUCGUGGCCUUCUGGACCAAGACAUCAAGGUUUUCAGGGUGCGUGUACACUCUGAAAACUUGCCACGGUACCUCGUACCAAAAUGCCGGCUGGUUCACACAUGAGCUUGUGUUAGCUCCUUUAGCUACAUUGUGCUAACAUGGGCAGAUCAGUUGAAACACUACCAGCAGCAUUCUGUGAAUUUCUUGUUAUUGUAACUACGAGUUCAGGCCUUUUAUGAGCCUUUACGUUUUAAUAACAGAGCAAUAAUUUUUAAACUGAGCAGCAGCACUGAUGUUAGACAACCUGGAUUUAGUGUUGAAAAAGAGGACUAGUUAACACUUUUUAAAACUGGUUCCAGCUAAGUGUUAUAAAAGAGAAGCUAAACAGUUGGAUAUUCACAACAACGGAGCCAAAAGAGAGUGAAGAUUGGUUGCUGCUGCCCACAAGAGGCCAGAAAUACAUAAAUUCAUGUAUUUUUAAGCAACAACUUGUUAUUCCCAGCUCUCUCUAGUUUUGGUUUAAAGAACAUUUCCUUUGUGCUUCAGUGUUUCCAGAUAAGAGCCAGAUGUUUCCCCAGGAGCAGGUGGAGACCAAAAAAGGAGCAAAAAGGAAGUAAAGAUCAGCUAUAGAUUCACUAACAAUACUGUCAGUGUUGUAUUUAUUUUUUUAUGUUGACAUAUUUCUGCUGCCCUCAAAUGAUCAAAAUAUUUAAUUUUCUGCAUUUUUAACGAAACCUUUGGUUACAGGUGUCAGAAUACCUUUUAAUUAUCACUUUUUACUGUUUUACUUGCUGCCGGAACAAAAUCUGGACGGCUCAGUUUCCUCUUUGGCUCUUUAUUCUCGGCGUCUGACCAUUUCAAAUUUUACCUUUGUAAUAUUUAAAGAAAUCUAUUUUAUACCGAGCGAUUUUAACCACGUGUAGGUUUCUGUUUGUGUUGUCGAAGACUGACCUUUUCUACUCGUACGUGUGUUUAUGAAGCUACAACAAAACUUGUAAAAUUUCUACAAAAGGGAAGAGAAGCAUGUUCAGCAUGACGCUUAUAUACAUAUUAUUUUUUGAUAUUCAUUUUAGCCAAAUUAGUAUUUAAAUUAGAGUUAUCUAAAUAUGUAUAUUGUACACUAGAAGUAUAUACAGGAGCACAUACUCAACCAAAGGCCUGUACAGAUUCUCCUCAGAUAUUUUCAGAUGUUUCCUUUAAAAUGUGUUUCUUGUUGACGUUCAUGAGAUGAUGUUUGUGUCCAGCCUGCAGUGUGUGGAUGAAUCUCUUGUAUUUAGCAUGAUAUAGCUCCGUCUGAACAUGUUUGUGAUAAAAGACUGGUAACCCUGCA